GUAUUUCACCCAUCAUCUUCAUCCAUUAGCACAGAAAAAGAAAAAUCCCAUUAAAAUAUAAAGCAGAAACACAGAACUGAACACCAUACUAUACCUUCCAAUUUUUAUUUUUUUUUACACCUCCAUUGUCACACCAAUUAUUCAAUUCUUCUUCCCACUAAUUAAAGCUUCCAUCUUUAUACUCAAAAUCAAAACUUUCCAUCUUUAAUCCAACUCUUCUUCCCACUAAUAAUUGUUUAAAUAAUUGAGACUAAUUCUUUUAGUCUCCUAAAUUAUACUUCUUUAAUCCUAAAUCCCUUUUACAAUUUGCGACAUAAUAGACUCAAUCAUUCUUUUUAGGUUUUAUUAUAAUUCUUUAAUCUAGAAACCCUAUUCCAAUUUAUUAAGAAAAUUAGAAAAAAAAAAAAAGCUUUUCAAUUAGCUCCCUUUUGUAGUUCCUUGCAAGCAACCUCAAUUUAAUUUUUUUUCUUUAUUCUUUCCUAGUCAACUUUCCUUUUCAUAAUCCAUAUAUUAUUUUCUUAUAAAUUCUGAGUUUCAAUGGCUUCCUUAGCAUCAAUUCCUCAAACCCAAUUAUUUUCCAAAAACCCCAAUUUUAAUCUCAAGAAAAUCAACCCAAUUCAUAAAUUUUCAUCAAUUUCCUUCAUCAGAAGAACCCCAAAUCAUAAAUUUGGAUCAUUGGAAAAAAUUACCAAAAUGCCCCUGAGAGCCACUGCUGUAACUGCAGCUGAUGCAGAGGUGAAGAAGAGUUUUGUGGAUGAAAUGAGAACUGUGGCAAUGAAGUUGCAUACUAAAGAACAAGCUCCUAGAGAAGGGGAGAAGGUGGCAAAGGGUCCUGAAGAAAGGUCUCCUGCUAAGUGGGACCCAACUGUUGAAGGAUAUUUGAAGUUUCUUGUUGAUAGUAAAUUGGUUUAUGAUACCUUGGAGAGGAUUGUUGAUGAGGCUCCUGUUUCUUAUUAUGCCGAGUUUAAGAACACAGGAUUGGAACGAUCACAGAGUUUGGCUAAAGAUCUGGAGUGGUUCAAAGAGCAAGGCCAUUCUAUUCCUGAGCCUUCUGAGCCCGGUGUUACAUAUGCUAAUUAUCUCGAAGAAUUAGCGAAGAAGGAUCCUCAGGCAUUCAUUUGCCAUUUCUAUAAUGUAUAUUUUGCCCACUCUGCUGGGGGCCGCAUGAUCGGAAGGAAGGUUUCGGAGAAGAUACUGAACAAAAAGGAUUUGGAAUUCUACAAGUGGGAUGGUGACCUUUCUCAGUUGCUCCAGAAUGUGAGGGUGAAGCUAAAUAAAGUUGCUGAAAGCUGGACAAGAGAAGAAAAGAAUCAUUGUUUAGAAGAAACUGAGAAGUCCUUCAUGUACUCAGGGAAAAUCCUGCGUCUCAUAUUCACAUAAACCGUGAAGCUGCCUCAUCACUGGGUUUUCUCGUUGGUCCUUCAAUGGUGCAAACGCAUCAUCACUUGUUUAUAUCACUCAACAUAUGUUUUCUUUGUUCUAUUUGUUUUUCCUAUAUUCUGUAAGAAAACUCAGGUUCACAAAUGUGCAUAUAUCAAGAUUCAGGUUUCACAAAGCUGUUUCAAUAUGUUUAGUUGCUGCAGUACCCUAUUUGGUCUGGUUGAGGUUUUUGCCUAUACUCUCGAGUCUCGGCAUUAAGUUCUACUGUGAAACUAGCUAACCAUUGGUGUAACAUCGGAUUCGUAUACAAGCAUGCACAUAUAUCAGCCGCGAAUAUAAUCCUUUUGUCCAAGCUAUAAACUUGUGUUUUAGCUGUA